CAACCUCUGGCACAUGUAUUUCUUCUGAUUAAUAAUAAUAUUUCAAGUACAGUUAGUUAGCCAAGUUAUUGUGUCAUUGUACUUGAUGGGAGGCAGCUGUUACUGGUGAUGAGCGAGGCGUGGUUUAGAAGUGGAGACAAGAACCUGCUAGGAACAUCCCGGGACAAACAGUAUAGGAGAUCGGCUGGACUCGGACGCUUUGCAAAAGGAUUACUGAUCGGAUCUAACACAAGGAAACGACAGUAGAAAGGUGAUUGAGACAUGGCUGGAUACAGCCAACGGCAAAGACAAGAAGGGAAUAUUCAGCAUAUCCAACGAGCAACUAUCGAGGAGGAGAACCAACGGAGUCCGGGGCCACACAGCUCGAGGACCAUGGCAGUUGUCACUCCAGGGGUCCGUACGCACCCUGGCUAUGACAAGGUGGCUGCCCUCGUCGCAGGCAGCGCACAAGUCAUCAUUGGAUGCCUUCUGAUCUUUUUGGGAAUAGCUAUCGCGGUUGUGAGUAACGGAGCCAGGAACUCUGCACAUCCCAUGUGGGGUGGGGUUUUAGUGGUGGUAGCUGGAGCUUUGGCUAUCGUCUCUGCCAAGAACAAGCGCAGGGACUGCAUCAUCAUUGCACUCGGCGUCACGGCGUUCGUGAUGAUCCUUGACAUCGUCUUCUUCGCGGUGGCUGGCACGGCGAUCGGUGAAUACAAGAAGGUCGGACAGUCGCUCUGGAAGGCGCUAUUGGACGACCUGAUCGCGCUGUGGGCGUUGGUCAUCCUCUUCGCAAUCAUUCACCUUGUGUUCGUGGUGGUCCAGGUCGUUUUCUGCGCGAUGGCACUGAGGGGAACCUGCGUGACCAAGGCAGCUCCUGUCGCGGGCCAGGUCUACACUAACGAUUGCAUCCCGUCACAAUCAUUCGCUAACAUGGGUACUCCUACUGCUGCUGGACAACUUGGUCCUAUUCAAGGAGGGAACCAGCCGUGUAUCUCUUUGCCUCUGCCCAUGGACCCGAAGCAAACCUUCACUAUCAUCUACGGCCCGGACAAGAGUGGAGUAAAGGGUUGUUACUUCCUCAGUAUCAUGCCGGAGUACGCCUCGCCCCAAGUUCCACAGUCUGUGUAAUGUGCUCCUUUCGUCAAGUGUUAGCCAUUCUCCAAUCAGCUGAUUGGGAUCUGACAAGACUUUGAGAAUGAACUCUCCAUAGAGUUAAUGGUGUUUUGACAAGACCAAUUAGAUUUGGUAUUUUUACGUGCAAGCACUCUAACCCGGUCACCCUAAUCGUUGAAACUGAGGCUGAAAUACCGUUGGAGGAAAGUGCUUUCAAGGUCAAGGCCCUUGGCUGAAUUUGAUCAUGAUAUGUUACUGAAGUUCUCCUUUUUCUGUGUGUAUAUACUCAUUCUUCUUCUGCGUUCAGCUCGUUAUGUAAUCAUAAUUGUCUUUAUUCUGUAAUCUGGUAUAAACUACAAUGUACGUAUACAUGUCGAUCCGUUCAGCUGCUGCAAUGUUUUGGGCCUUUCCGAUUCUGACUUACAUGACAUCUCAUUCUAGGGAUGGCUCCGCCUUCUCCUUUUGCCAGUAACACUAAAUGUUGUUGAUGGUGUUAAGUCUGAUCUAAACUGAAGGAGAUAAGUUAAGUUAAAGCCAGAAUAAGCGACAAAGAAUUGUUUACCCAGGCCCGGGACGUUUGUGUAAUCAUCUACAUCUUAUACACAUACAUCAUACUUCAUUCUGAGGAAAUCAAUGUGACGUAUAUGUUUUGUUGCACAUAUAAAAUGGUCGUUUGUUUUGUUCGAUAUUUAUUCCAACUUGUCUAUUAAAGUUACCAU